GUUGCGCGGGCCGCCAACCGACGGUCCCGCAUCAGCACGGGGCAGGAGCACGCUCCCCAAGCGCUGUCCCCCAAAGCAAGGCCACCCCGUCCCCCCCAUCCCAAACCUUUUUGGGGCAUUUCGCCAGCACUCGGCCCCGUGACGUGCAGGAGGCGGGAGAUUGCUCCUCGCCUUGAGCCCAGGAUUCAGGGAUAAGAGCGAGGUCGCCCCGGCCGUGUGCUCGACCCGCUCCCAUGCUCUCCCGGGCUGCACCCAUAGCGGGCAGCUUUCAGGCAUGCCGCUGUGCUGGGGGGAUCCCAGCCCUCACUGGGGUCCACUGCCCGUUGCCCGGCCCCCCAGGAGCUCGGCCCUUUGACCAGGUGCCGGGUGAAUGGCGAGCGGGCUGGCUCAACCUGUACCGCUUCUGGCAGGAGGGAGGCUUCCACAACGUGCACAACAUCAUGGCCAGCAAGUUCCAGCGCUUCGGGCCCAUCUACAGGGAGAAGCUGGGUGUCUACGAGAGCGUGAAUAUCAUCAGCCCCCGCGAUGCGGCCACGCUCUUCAGGUCGGAGGGGAUGCUGCCCGAACGCUUCAGCGUGCCCCCGUGGGUGGCGUACCGAGACUACCGCAACAAGCCCUACGGCGUGCUCCUCAAGACGGGGGAGGCCUGGCGCUCGGACCGCCUGACCCUGAACAAGGAGGUGCUGUCGCCGCAGGUGGUGGACAGCUUCGUGCCCCUGCUGAACCAGGUGAGUGAGGACUUUGUGCGGCGGGCACGGGUGCAGGUCCAGAAGAGCGGCCGGGAGCGCUGGACGGCCGACUUCAGCCACGAGCUCUUCCGCUUUGCCCUGGAGUCUGUGUGCCACGUGCUGUACGGGGAGCGCCUGGGGCUGCUGCAGGACUUUGUGGACCCAGAGGCACAGCGGUUCAUCGAUGCCGUCACCCUCAUGUUCCACACCACCUCGCCCAUGCUCUAUGUGCCGCCCGCCCUGCUCCGCCACCUCAACGCCAAGACGUGGCGCGACCACGUGCACGCCUGGGAUGCCAUCUUCACACAGGCUGACAAAUGCAUCCAAAAUGUUUACCGGGACAUCCGGCUGCAGCGCAAGAACACCGAGGAGCACGCGGGCAUCCUCUUCAGCCUCCUCAUGCAGGACAAGCUGCCCCUGGAUGACAUCAAGGCCAGCGUCACCGAGAUGAUGGCAGGCGGGGUGGACACGACCUCCAUGACGCUGCAGUGGGCCAUGCUGGAGCUGGCGCGGUCCCCAGGCAUCCAGGAGCGGCUGCGGGCGGAGGUGCUGGCGGCCAAGCGGGAGGCACAGGGGGACAGGGUGAAGAUGCUGAAGAGCAUCCGACUGCUCAAAGCCACCAUCAAGGAGACGCUCAGGCUGCACCCGGUGGCGGUGACGCUGCAGAGGUACACCACACAGGAGGUCAUCCUGCAGGACUACCGCAUCCCCCCCAAGACACUGGUACAGGUUGGACUGUACGCCAUGGGCCGAGACCCCGAGGUCUUCCCCAAGCCGGAGCAGUUCAACCCUGAGCGCUGGCUGGUGACGAGCUCCAAGAACUUCAAGGGGCUGAGCUUCGGAUUUGGGCCACGGCAGUGCCUGGGUCGCCGCAUCGCCGAGCUGGAGAUGCAGCUCUUCCUCAUGCACAUUCUGGAGAACUUCAAGAUUGAAACCAAGCGGGCCGUGGAAGUUGGGACCAAGUUCGACCUCAUCCUCGUCCCUGACAAACCCAUCUACCUGACGCUCCGGCCCCUCCUGAGCCAGGAGUGA